AUGACGUUUUUGGGCAAAUUGCACCGUUUGGUGGUGCUAGAUGAGUCAGACCGGACUAAGAACAGAGACUUGGUUCCGAUGCCCGUUAGCAGGAGGAGAUGGGGCGUUUACGGGUACACGUCGUAUUGGACGUUGCUAUGUUUGUGCAUUAGCACAUGGUCUGGAGGGUCGUCUUUGUUGUUGUUUGAUGUGGGGACGGAUGGGAGUGUGAGUGUGCUUGGAAUGAAUGGACAGCAGACUAUUGGAUGUAUAGUGCUUGCGAACUUCUUCAUCAGCGUAGCAGCGAUCCUGAACUCGGUUUACGGGUCGAAGUAUCAUAUAGGGUACUCGGUGUUCCAGCGGAUAAUAUUUGGGGUGCGUGGGUCAGCGUUUGGUGUGUUGAUUCGGGCGAUUCUUUCUGUGGUGUGGUUUGCAUCGCAGUCGUGGUUGGGAGGGUUGUGCGUGAAUGUGGUGCUUUCGUCGUGGAGCAGGCGGUUCUUGAACAUGAAGAACACGUUUCCGGAGUCUGUGCCGAUGACCAGCCAGGAGUUGGUUGGGUUUGUGGUGUUUUUGGUGAUUAAUGUGCCGGUUUUGAUGAUUCGGCCCGAGUACUACGACCAUAUUUUGGCAGCAGGGUCGUUCUGCAUGUUCUUUGUUGGGCUGGGGAUCACGAUCUGGGCUGUGAAGGCGAACGGGUGGUCGAACGGGCCGUUGCUCACUGCGCCCAUUACGGCGUCGUCGUCGCAGCUUGGAUGGAGCUGGAUGGCCAACUUAAACGCUUGGUACUCGUUUAUCGUGGCCGGGAUUGCCAACCAGUCCGACUAUGCACGUUUCAACAGGAGGCCCAGGGACUCGUAUAUCGGGACCAUGAUUGGCGUGAACGUCAUGGGGAUCGUGCUCCCCUUGAUGGGUAUUGUCACGGCUUCGGCUAUGCUUGAACGGUACAAGCAGACGUUCUGGAUGCCCAACGACAUCUGCAUGUUCUGGUUGCAAGAACAUUACGAUGCGAAAUCGAGGGCAGGGGCUUUCUUCGCUGGCCUGGGGCUCCUCAUCUCGCAGCUCGGUGUCAACUGUGCCAGUAACGCCAUUUCGGGCGGUAUGGACUUGGCAUCCAUCUUCCCAGAGUACAUCAAUAUCAGAAGAGGUGCUCUUUUAAUCAUGCUUUUGGCCUGGCCCACGCAGCCGUGGUUGUUCUACAACACCUCCUCGACGUUCAUAACAGUGAUGUCGUCGUUCACGGUGUUCAUCACGCCUUUGACCGCAAUGUUCAUGUGCGACUACUACGUUAUUCGCAAACAGGUCAUCAAGUUGUCGGACUUGUAUGUCGACUCCCCCAAAUCCAUCUACUGGUACCAGAAGGGGGUCAACUGGAGAAAUAUGUUGUGCUUCUUGUUUGGCGCUGCACCAGGUCUUCCGGGCCUCAUCCACGCAGCUAACCCCAAGAUCCACAUAAAUUCGGGCAUCAACCACUUUUACCAGGGCUCGUUCGUAUUCCAGUUCGUCAUCACCUUUGCAUUAUACUACAUCAUUAACACAGUUUUCAAGCCGGAGGUUGGCCAGAGAGACCAUGUCGAUUACUACCAUACAUUCACUGAAAAGGAAUUGCGUGAAUGGGACAUGGUGCCCGCAGAUGACUACAAUUAUCCCUCCAUCGAGUUCACAAACUCUUCCUCCAAAGAAGUUCACUACGAAAAUCCUCACGCAGAUGGUUCCUUGCAACAUUUGAAGAUGGGAUAUAACGAAACAUCUAAAGAAUCUAUGGAAGAAUCAUGA